CCGCUUGGGCCCGCCGGGCUGCCGUGGGGGGCGGGGCGGCAGCAGCAGCAGCCAUGGCGGCGCCCGUCGUGCCGGAGAGCGACAGCAUCCGCAGGGCCGUGUCGCUGCUCAACGCCGUGGACCCGGGCCGGUUCCCGCGGCUGCUCUCACGCCUGCUCCAGAAGCUACACCUGAAGACUGAAAGUAGCUUUAGUGAAGAAGAAGAAGAAAAACUUCAGAUCGCUUUUUCGUUGGAAAAGCAGGAUCUUCAUCUAGUUCUGGAAACUGUAUCAUUCAUUUUGGAACAGGCAGUCUAUCACAAUUUGAAGCCUGCUUCACUGCAACAACAGCUGCAAAGCAUUCACCUGGAUCAAGACAAAGCUGAAGCAUUUGCCAGUGCCUGGGCAGUUGCAGGUCAAGAUACAAUUGAAAAGUUCAGACAGAGGGUUUUGACACCUCAGAAGCUUGAAACAAUUGGGUGGCAGCUUAAUCUUCAAAUGGCAGAGUCUAUGCAAGCAAAGCUGAAGUCUCCUCGAGCUGUGCUGGAGCUGGGAGUAAGCAAUGAAGAUUCAAAGACCCUGAAGAAAGUAUUUGUAGAAUUUAGCCAUCAGGAGCUGUUUGAGUUCUAUAACAAGCUGGAAACUAUACAAGCACAGCUGGAUUCCCUUACAUGAUGUUUUUGAAGACUAAUUUCUCCAUCACACUCUUGCCGCUUCAUUAUUUUGAAUUGAAGAUAGAUUACCAAGCUGUGUUUGCUGAAGGAUUCCAUGGGUUGCUUCCUGUAAAAUUAUAUGGCUUAUCUCCUUUUUCGACCAGUAACAUUUACCAAGAGUCUUUGUUACGAGUAAGAAGACUCUAAUGGACUUUCUCUUGUUUUCUGAGCAAUUGUGAAGAAUGUUGGCGCUACUUGCAGAAAAGAAAAAAGCUACUCUGCUUCAGAGAUUGGGGUUUUUUUCGUCCUAUUAUGUGUUUUACUUGUUUCUGGUAGAAAUUUGCAUAGUAGGAAUAAAAUCUAUUUUUAAGAAGUAAAAGGAAUAUCAAAGUAGUAAGAAAAUAUUCAGCUAAAUACAAUCUCUGUCCUUUUGAAUUGUUAUUCAUAUGAUUGAUAAAGCUUAUUGCAAAUUUGACAAAAUAAAUGCAGUAUUUAAAAA